GGAUCUUUGUUGAAUCUGGAAGAGAGGUAAAUUCCAGUUUGGUGGAUUGCCGAUCACCGCUACAACCAUAAAAGAGCGUUGGUAUAACGCCAAGCACUACUGGCGAGCGAUAGUCAUAUAUGGUAUCACACAAUGGAACCCGGAGGUCGAUUUCCGGGCUAGGUAGUUACAGUCGCUACCACAACAGCCGGCGCCACGAUGGCUUUCAGUUGUGCCUCGGCAACCUGGCCCGUAACAGUCGGCUCUGUAACCCUUGAACAACCCCACGAUCGACAACCCCGGAGAUUUAGUUAACACUUUCCUUGUUUGAUCUCUCUGUGAACCCCGUUUGGUCGUACUACCGGAAUCUCCUUAGUCCGACUCGUCAGUUUCGGCAUCAUCCCAGAGUUAUUGUUUGUCCCAUCUGAUCGGCACGCCUAAAGUGUGACAAGACAACUACUUUACAUAUCAGCUUAACUCAAACACCAGCGGUUAUCAGAGCAGGCAGUCAAUCCAUAGCUGGUAUACCGCCACAAUGGCUUCCUCCUUCAUCAUCAAGGAGCACAAAGUCGAAGGUCAACACAUCCGUGAGUAUGCCCGAGCUACUGCCAACUCCCAAGAAGAGGUCCUGUAUCUCUCCGUAAAGCAAUACAUGCCCAAGAGCAACCCCAAUCCUCAACCGGGCGACCUGACCAUCAUCGGUGCUCAUGCCAAUGGCUUUGUUAAGGAACUUUACGAGCCCCUCUGGGAAGACCUGCUCAGGGCCCUCUCCGCCCGCGGCAUCAGAAUCCGCUCCAUCUUCAUCGCCGACGCCGCCUGGCAAGGCCAAUCCGGACUUAUCAACGAGUCCAGUCUAGGCAACGACCCAUCCUGGUAUGACCACGCGCGUGACCUCCUCUGCGUCGUCAACGCUUUGCGGCGUGAGAUGCCGCGCCCGCUAGUCGGAAUCGGCCACUCCUUUGGCGGCAACACCAUUGCCUCUUUGUCGCUAAUGCACCCUCGCCUCUUUUCUUCUCUGGUCCUGCUUGACCCGGUCAUCUCUAAAUUUGCUAAGCGCGGUCCCUCCUACGGCUUCCUGCCUAUGAAGCAGUCAGCCUAUCGGCGGGACGUCUGGCCUUCGCGACAGGCAGCCGCUGAGGGGUUCAAGAAGAACAAGUUCUAUCAGACUUGGGACCCAAGAUGUCUCGAGGUGUUGAUCAGCCAUGGCCUGCACCAGGUUUCUCCAGAAAAGGAGGAAGUGACGCUCACGACGUCCAAACAUCAAGAGUGCUUCACCUAUUACCGCCCUAAGAAACAAGAUCAACCGGUGCCGGACUUGCCCCCGGAUCAGGCUGUUGAUCCCAACUUUCAGUUUUAUCGCGCCGAGGCCAUGAUGACUACGCACUUUUUGCCGCACCUGCGCCCCGGUGUGCUUUAUGUGUUUGGAUCCACGUCCGACGUCUGUCCUCCUGAUACCCGCGAGGAGAAGCUGGAGCUUACGGGCACGGGGUGGAACGGUAGUGGCGGAGCGAAGGCGGGCAGGGUGGAGGUACGCACCGUGGAAGGGUUCGGGCAUUUGGUGCCGAUGGAGGCGACCACCAGGUGUGCGGAGGAGGCGGCCGAGUUCAUUGCUAAGGAUUUGGAGAAGGUGUGGAGGAAGGAGGAUGAGGACUUCAGGAAGGUUUGGAAGUAUAAGGAGGGGACAGAGAAGAGGGUGCUCAGUAAGGAUUUUUUGGAGUUGAUGGGACCGCCGCCGGGGAGGAAGAAGACAGGGAAGGAGGAGGCGAAGUUGUGAGUUGUGAAAUGGGGUGCCUCGUAUCCUUUUCGUCAGUGGUUGUGCGUUAGCCAAGUUUUUUUUUCUUUCUUUUUUUUUUUUCAAUUUCCUGCGAGCUUCUUCGCUAUCAGCCUUCUACAAUCUGCAUCUUCCUGCGCCAUCUUAGUGACGGCUGUGAGCGUCUGGGAUGAUUGGUAUCAUAUAGGUCAUUCUCGGUACCGAUCCGCCAAUUUUGUCAUUAUCAUUAUUAUUAUUAUUAUCAUUUCUUUUUAGCUCCUUCCAUACACACCCUUUUUACCUAUCCAGGGGAGACAGAUACUCACCCUGAACUGGGUUCGUCCACUGAUACAGGUCUCGAUGUUUAUCACUGGACCAACAAGCCAAUAUAGUAUGCACUUCCGAG